AUGCAAAACGUUUGUGCCGACGAUCACGUCUUCGAGAUAUUUAACAAUGAUUUUAACACGUAUUGUGUCAUAACGAGUGGCGAUUACAUGAUUAGCCAUAAAUCGCGGAUUAGGAUUAGUCCACAAAACAGCCACAGAUUCGAUGAUAAUAAAGCACUCGAUGGUGGAAACGAAUCCGUUGAUUACAAUAUCUACAAACAAUUGGCCGCCGAUCAGAAUACCAUCACCUCUGGCGAUGAUCUGAUCCAAUCGUUGUCCAUCGGUGUCAGCAAAGGCUGGAAAUGGUUUCAGGAAUCGGUCAAAGAAUCGCACGACUCGGCCAUCGACUCGGAUUCGGUUACCAUUAGUUCGCUGAGCGGCGCCGACAACAGGUGUCCAUCGGUCGCACCACUCAUACCACUCACACCCGGCACUCACCCAUCGCUGCCCAUUAACUAUAUGCACAUUGAAUUGAACGCCGAUUGCCGUACAAACGCCAGUUCCCCGCACUUGCCGUACGGGACCCUUACGAUCGCUGUCCGUAAUGUUUGGCUGAUUGCCGUCGAGUAUCGGGCCGAAGAGCACCGGGCGGUAGAACAAGAAUUUGAGAUGAGAUGUGUUUCGCAACAAAACAAUCCGCAGACAAUUGAAUGCACAGAUUCUGUCAAAGUUUUAACAGAUUUGGAAACUGCAUUGAAGUGCAUGUUUCACAAUAUCAAUGUCAAGAUCGGCGACAACACAAUCCCAGACCUAUCGAUGCCUAUAAAUAUAUUGGGUAUUAAACUGAACGACAAUUUUGACACAAAUCUCUGCUCCCAUUAUCUGCCGUAUAAGACAUACGCGCUUAAGAUAAACACCAAACUCUCGUAUGUGGCCAUAAAGUACAGGUGCGAAGUGGAACCGGCGGUCUAUAAACUCCUGGACCUAUUGAAUCGGCACCGCUUUUACAUGAAGGUGAAUGGCAUCGAUGGCUGGGAUCUGAUAGCACAGCAUAUGAUUGCCAACGAGUUUAGCGACUGGUCUCGAGAAAAAUGUUGGAAUUGUUUUAUACAGGCAUUAACUAUGUAUAAAAAGACUUAA